AUGGCACACGAUAACUCAUCAGUACAGAUAGAGUUAGAGAGGGUUCAGAAGAAGCAAAGGUUUAGGAGGAUUUUUGUAGCUCUUAAACCACGUAUUGAUGGAUUCCUAGAGGGAUGCAGACCAUUUAUAGGUGUUGAUGCAUCAAAUUUGUAUGGCAAGUACAGAGGACAGUUGGCAUCUGCAACUGGUGUAGAUGGGCACAAUUGGCUGUAUCACAUUGCAUAUGCAAUUUUUGACAAUGAGAAUGAGGACAACUUGGUUUGGUUCAUGGAACAGCUGCACAGAGCCAUUGUAGAUGUUCCUAACCUAGUUAUUUGUACAGAUGCUUGUAAAGGUUUGGAGACAACAGGAGCUGUAUUCCCACAUGCUGAAAAUAGGGAAUGCAUGAGACACUUGUACCAGAAUUUUAUGAAGCAGUUUACAGGUGAUGUUUUCACUGAUCACCUGUAUCCAGCUGCUAGGAAUUACACAACUGGAAUGUUCCAGUGGCACAUGAAGAAAAUAUACAUUGCACCUAACACAAUUGAGCAUCUAGAGACACGCAACAAUAGAAUAUGGUACAGAUGUGGGUUCUUUGAAAACAACAAGUGUGAUUACUUGACCAAUAAUGUGUCAGAGAGUUUCAAUGCUCAAGUGAAGAAGUUCAAAGGGUUGCUGUUGCAUGAGCUAGUCGACAAGCUGAGGGAGCUCAUAAUGGAAAAGAGAGGUACUUGA